AUGCCUCCCUUUAUGCCUGGGAGAUUGGGUUGGGUUGAGCACCCAACCAGUAAAGUAGCAGUUGGAGGGGAUGGUGGAAUGCUGUGGUUAAUAGGGGUGUGUAACGGUGGAGGGGAGGGGUUGCUGAGCGCCACCUGCCUCACCCCUCACUUCGCCACCUGCCUCACCCCUCACUUCGCCACCUGCCUCACCCCUCACUUCGCCACCUGCCUCACCCCUCACUUCGCCACCUGCCUCACCCCUCACUUCGCCACCUGCCUCACCCCUCACUUCGCCACCUGCCUCACCCCUCACUUCGCCACCUGCCUCACCCCUCACUUCGCCACCUGCCUCACCCCUCACUUCGCCACCUGCCUCACCCCUCACUUCGCCACCUGCCUCACCCCUCACUUCGCCACCUGCCUCACCCCUCACUUCGCCACCUGCCUCACCCCUCACCUUGCCAGUAACCAGGGAGGAGGGCACGAGGGACUGGAAGCGAGUGGCAGAGCCGUGGCAGCCCAGUGCGAGGCAGAGGUUUGCUGGGCAGGCAGUGCACAUCAUAGCGCCCUGCCACGAUGCGACGGACGAGCUGGGGGCGUGUGUGGCAAGGGGGGAGGGUGGGCGAAGCAGCACGAAGGAGCAAAGAGAUGA